UAAUAUUUUUUACCAUAUAAAGUCAUGGUUCUCACCUUCUUUCCCUUCAUUUUCUCACUCCACUCAACUCCACUCCACUUUCUUUCGUCCGCCUUCUAACUUCACGCAUACCACUUCUUCCUCUGCUCUCUAUCGAAUUCUCCUCACAAUCGAUCUCCAUCAACACAAGGGACAAACAACAGAAGAAAUCGAAGGUGCUAAAUCCUUGCUUCCUGCUCAGCUUAUGAUGGCAACUAAGUCAACCACCUCUAAUAGAGAUAGGAAGAACAUCCCAUCCCCUGCCCAACGGAGCUUGAAGACUUCUCUCACCCGUGGAGAUAGCACAUGCCCAUCUCCACCGGAGGGGAAGAAGCCGUUGACCAAUCCUCUCAACCCCAAGGCUUUUCCUUCCCCUCUGUCUCAACCUAAGCGAAUUCCUAUAGUCUCUACCAUUACCUCAGGUUCCACUAGCAAAACACGCGCAGGAAGAAAAUUAGCAGACAAGGCGCCUUCAACUCUUACAUUGCAGAGAUCAAUGAAGACAGCCACCCCCACGCCAAAACUGAGAAGCUCCUCUGUGCUUCGUGGUGAUAAAGCUGCUCCAACUGGUUCAAGAACUGCAAAGUCCAGCCUUUUUCGUAAAGCUAAGAGCUCCAGACCUACGCUUGUCAGGAAAAAAGAAGCCCCUUUUACAAUGGCUGCUCCUUCUGAAGUCCGGACUUCAUCAGAUCAUGAUGCUGCAACAGCCUUUGAAAGGCCGGUGCAGGAGCAAAUGUGGAACCAUCAUGAGAAAGUGGUUGGAGCUUUGAAUGAGCUGAAUGAGGAAGAAAUUAAGUUUGUUAGUUCUCUGGUUGACGAAGAGAAUCUAACUGACGAAUAUAAGAGUGGUGAGCCUGAGGAUUUGGGAGAAGGUUUGGCGUCCCAGGUGUUUGAUGAGGUCUCCAAAGGACCAAUCUUGCUUGAAGAGAUUCCUGAGCGAGAUGGGGUGGUGGUGGUUUCCACUAUGGUGGAGAAAAGGGGCGAGGAAAAGAAGCUGGAACAUGUAAAUGCUGGUGUGAGGCUAGUGGAUCCAGAAGCCACGGCUGCCUCGGUUGUGACUGAAAUGCCGGUGAUGAAGAAAAAGGAUGUGCCUAUGAGCAAUGAUGUGAUCGAAGAGACCAAAAGCAAGUUGAUGGAGACGAGGAAAAACAAGGUACUGGCGCUGGUUGGAGCUUUUGAAACGGUUUUCUCACUGCAGAAACCUGAUCGCCAACAGAUCCAGAGGGCAUUUCAAGUUCAACACGAAAGGCAGAUUUAGUAGGAUUAACAAGCCGAGUAAAGUUAAGAGUCAGCAGAACCAAGAGGUUCAAGAGGCUCAGAAUGCUCAGCAACUAGAGAAUGGUGAGGAUCAAGAGAAGGAGAAGAAGGAAGCAAAUGAAACUCUGAAAGGACAGGGAAUUGAGGCUCUGAAAUGAGGAGAGGAGGAAGAGGAUGAGAUGCUGAAAGAAGAUGAUGUUGAUGAGGCUCUCUGAUAGCGAAGAUACUAGAGAUGAUGCAGAGGUGAAAGAAGAAGAGGCUGUUGAAGGUAUUGCAUAUAGGGCAGACGGAAGAAGAUGAGUGUGACAAAGCUCUGCACAUUAGCAGCAUGACAGAAGAAUGUGUGCUGUGUGAAUGAUAUAAUGGAAAAAUUAAUGUUUGUUUUGCACGCAUAUUAAAUUUCCUUCAUCAAGACUGUAUAUUUGCUGAAUCAGCAUUUGUUAUUCUAUAUUUAAAUUUGUGUGAUUGAAUUUGAAUUUGCUUAUUCAAGAUUGUAUGAUCUAAAAUUUCCUUCCAUGACGACUGUAUGAUCACUACCAACCCACUACAACUUGUGGAUGCUUGUCAAUCAAAAUCUCACAG